AAUCUACAGUUGUAAAUAGAGCUGCUCGCGUAUAAAUACAUAUUCCGCUCCUCUCCUCUCCUCGUACCUACAUCUCAUCCUCAACGUCAAGCCACGCUACAUCGAGGGAAAGGACUCUUUUACGUGUCUGCGAUCUCAAGUUGAGACGGUAGAUCUACCAGAAGCAAGAGGGACAGAGUUGGCUCUGCGCAAAUGGCCGCCAGGAAGCUUCUUUCACUCUCCCAAAAUUCGUCUGCUUGUCUGCGUUCAAUCGGCCGAAGUCGUGGCUGGGCAAGAGGCAUUGGCACGUAUAGUAGCUCUUCCGUGGUUGACGAACCGAUCACUCCGCCUGUUAAGAUAACCGACACUCAGCUUCUCAUAAAUGGGAAGUUUGUAGAUGCUGCAUCAGGAAAGACUUUCCCCACCCUCGAUCCUAGGACAGGAGACGUGAUCGCCCAUGUCGCAGAAGGCAGCGCGGAGGAUGUUGACCGUGCUGUUGCUGCUGCUCGCAAGGCAUUUGAUGAGGGACCAUGGCCAAGGAUGACUGCCUAUGAAAGGUCGUGCAUACUUCUUCGAUUUGCGGAUCUACUCGAGAAGCAUAAGGAUGAUCUUGCAGCGAUCGAGACUUGGGAUAAUGGAAAGCCCUACAAACAGGCUGCAGAAGUCGAAGUUCCCGGCAUCAUAAGAUUGAUGCGCUAUUAUGCUGGUUGGGCAGACAAAAUCCACGGUCUCACAGUCCCAGCAGACGGAGAGUAUCAUGUCCAAACCCUGCAUGAACCUAUCGGCGUGGCAGGCCAGAUCAUCCCAUGGAACUUUCCGCUGCUAAUGCUCGCUUGGAAGAUCGGGCCUGCAUUGGCAUGUGGCAACACAGUGGUACUAAAGACUGCUGAGCUGACACCGCUCUCUGCUCUGUAUGCGGCAAGGUUACUCCAUGAGGCUGGACUUCCUCCGGGUGUCUUGAACAUAGUCUCCGGUCCCGGUCCCACUGCAGGGCGUGCUCUUAGUAGUCAUAUGGAUGUGAACAAGCUUUCGUUCACCGGAUCAGCAGAAACUGGUAAAGUGGUACUUGAUCUGGCUGCAAAAAGCAAUCUAAAACCAGUGACUUUAGAACUGGGAGGAAAAUCCCCUUUCAUCGUCUGCAAGGAGGCUGAUAUUGAUCAGGCUGUGGAGUUGGCACAUCUUGCCCUCUUCUUCAACCAGGGUCAAUGCUGUGUCGCUGGUUCUCGCACUUUUGUGCAUGAGAGCGUGUACGAUGAAUUUGUGGAGAAAGCAAAGGCACGGGCUAUGAAACGUGUUGUUGGAGAUCCUUUCAAGCCAGGAGUGGAGCAGGGUCCUCAGAUUGACGCCAAGCAAUUCGAGAAGAUUCGCAGCUACAUCAAGUUUGGUAUUGAAAGUGGAGCCACUCUUGAAUGUGGAGGUGAACGAUAUGGCUCCAAAGGAUUUUUCAUUCAACCCACAGUUUUUUCAGAUGUGCAGGAUGACAUGCUGAUAGCAAAGGAUGAAAUCUUUGGCCCAGUGCAGACCAUCUCGAAAUUCAAGGAUCUUGAUGAGGUGAUCAGAAGGGCGAAUAAAUCUCAUUAUGGACUUGCCGCAGGAGUUUUCACUCAGAAUCUCGACACUGCCAAUACUUUAGCCCGUGCGUUGCGGGCUGGUUCAGUGUGGAUUAACUGCUACCAUGUUUUUGAUGCUGCAAUUCCUUUCGGGGGUUACAAGAUGAGUGGAUUUGGGAGAGAAAAGGGAAUAUAUAGCCUCAGUAACUACUUGCAAGUUAAGGCUGUUGUAAAUCCAUUGAAGAACCCAGCGUGGUUAUAAAUAGCUGUUUAACAAAAUUAAGGGGUAAGCCUCAGAGAGAGAGAGAGAGAGAGAGAGAGAGAGAGACUUCUUGUGCGCUAUCUUUGACCGUUGAUCAAGCACGGCAGUAGACAAAAAUCUUGAUGUGGCUUUUGGGCAUGUUUUAUGGAGGAAAUCUCUUUAAUUGAGUAUUGUCGAAGCAAGUGAUUUCUCAUAUUGGUACACCAGAUCAUAAUUUUUCCA